AUGCUGCUUUUGGUCAUUUUCAACGUACUCGCUACAUUGGCGUUAUCACAGUACUGUAAACACAUGCCGCUUUCUGACGAUGAGUUGGUUGGGGCGACCGUAGAAUACGAGCAUCCGCAAACUCAUAAUCGGACGAAACGAGCUGCAUCAGAUAUUUGGGACUGGAUAAGAAUAGAGACUGAAUACGAUGCAUCAGUGGACAUACUUCCAGAGGAUAAGCAAGAAAUUCUAGAAGAUCUCAUCACAACCGCUCGUGAUUAUUUUGAAAGCACGUUAAAGGUCCAUCGUCUUAGCUCACUUCAGUUAAACCCUUCGUGUUCUGGUGGAGGAUUCAUUGAACAUGAUGGUACCUACAGGUGCAAUGAUGAUUGUGAAAAACGAUGCGGAGGAGCUGUGGCUUCAGUACACGCGCGAUACUUUAAAAAGUGUACAUGUGGAAAUAAGGACUGCCGUACAAAGCAAGGAAACUGGGGAGGCAAACUUCGUAACGCUGACUUUAUCCUGUUUGUUAUGGCGAAGGUAGACGGUUGCGGGGAGAAUACUCUUGCCUUUGCAUCUCACUGCUCGCUGGAUCCACCUUCGAAUAGAAAUUCUGCGAAUUAUGUAAAGCCUAUCCCAUACGAAGGCGCCAGGGGGCGCAAAUUUAAAGAAAUGGGUUACGCUGAUCUUUACCAGUGGCAGGCAGUUGUAAAACAUGAACUCAUACAUGCAUUCGUAUUUUCUAAAGGCCUUUAUGGGAAGUAUAUUCAUGCUACUAACGAGACAAGGAAGUAUGAACAUCACGUCCCCGGAGUCAUUGAACGUUUUACAAGAAACAAUUGGGAAUGCUCCACAGGAACAAUCUCCCACGAUGUCUAUAUGAUGGUCACACCGAAGGUAAAGGAAGAAGCACAAAUGCAUUUCAAAUGCGAAGAUUUGGAGGGAGCUGAGGUUGAAAGUCAAGGUGGCCCUGGGACUGCGGGUUCACAUUGGGAGAAGAGAGUGUUUGAAAAUGAAGCAAUGAGCGGAGUUGCGACACAAGUGUAUGCAGUAAGUCGUCUAACGCUUGCAUUAUUUGAAGACUCCGGAUGGUACACAGUCAACUAUAGCAAAGCUGACAAGAUGGAAUGGGGAUAUAGAAUGGGGUGCGAAUUUGCCAAGCGUAGUUGCUUGUCUUGGAUGAAAAGAAAUCGAAAUAACCCGUAUCCAUUUUGUAUUGAACUCCAAGACACAAGAUGUAGCACCGAUCGCAAGGCAAAGGUGCGAUGCAGUCUAGUGGAGAGAGAACAAGAUAUAGCCAAUAACAUUCACGAUGUAGAAAAAGACUACAAUUAUAACAUUAUGAACUUAUAUAAGGACAAGAAAAAUCGUUCAGUUUAUGGUUUUGGUCCUAGCCUGGCUGACUACUGUCCUUAUUACAGAGUUUACGGCGAAUUCUCCGUAAUGGACAACGGUUUUGAUACUCGAUGUACAUUUCCAGGAAAUAUGUAUUAUAGUAAUUACUCACUUGAGAUUUUUUCCCCAACAGCUCGCUGUUUCCAACUGCGCGGACCAAUCACUGUUAUUCACGAACAUGGAGGUGACCAAUGGCUGAACACUGUUGGAUGUUUUGAGACGAAAUGCGAUAAUAAUUUAUUAUACAUAAAGACUCAAAACUCGAAAUUCUAUCCAUGUUAUCACGGAGGCCAGACAAUACACGUGGAAAAGAGAGUAUAUGGCGUUGGCACAGUGAAAAUGAAGAUUAUCUGUCCUUCAUGCACGGAACUAUGCGGAAAAGAGUUUUGUGCUCCAGACGAUUUUACUAGUAGAUGGGUUGGAGAUCCCAGUAGAAAAGAUGCUUCUUCAUAUUCAUUAUAUGCAGCUAUUGUUCUUUUUGUCUUCAUGUACAUCUUGCCGUAG